CGAUCGGCGACUAUGCGCCACGUCUAUGCUCUUUUUAUCUUGUAUAAAAGAGAAGAGGCGUAGCGCAGAUAGCCGCAAUAUAUCUGGAUCAUCCGCGGCGGCGAGCACGACCGGACACGGAUUGUAUCUCGGGCCUCUGGUCGGUCAGCAGGUGGCGAGCAUCGCCUCUUCGCCGCACGUGCCUCGCGACGACACCGAUAACGCGACGACAGGACGGUCAGGAGCGCAUUAUCAGGGCUUGGGCAAGCGGCGCGACUCGUUCAAGGACCGGCGGUAUGCGGUGCUCGGUCCUCUGCCUUCUGCUGCUGGCGAUCAGCGAGCCCCUUCUUACUCAUGCAAAGGUAGUGGUGAUCGUACCACGACAAGUAAGACGGAGCCCAGCGGUGCCAUGGCGACCUCCGGGUCAGUACAAAAAAGCAUCUUACAGCGGAAACAUCUUUCCUCGUCACGCGCAAUACGGUCGCGUUAAUCGCUACUACAAGAAACCAUUCCGGCCGCUGCCGUAUGGAGGCGAUGAUUUCGAUCACGGUCCUGAAUUUGCGAAUCACGUGAAUGUACCGUACGGCAAAGACAUCAGUCACGGCAUCACUGUCGGCAAGGGAUACAUCCCGUACGAUAACAUCAAGAACAAUAAUUUGCCAUUCGUGCACGAGAGAUACCCUGGCGCUUACGGGCGUCAACCGGCUGCUCCGGACUACCCGCCAACCAGUUUCACGUCUGUAGGUCAGGAAUACGCAACGUCGGCGACGGCGCAUUCCUACGAAAAUCCGCAGAUAGACUCGUUCUUCUCGGACAUGGAGAGCGCUGCCAGGGGCGGCGGUCUAAAAGACAACGUGAGCAACAAGUAUUAUGGUACGCGCUCGAUUGAGAAAGACCUCAGCCUGAGGAACCAGCAUGCCCUCAGCAGCGUCAUAGAGAAGAGCAAGGACUCCCUGGCGAAGGGCACCGAGGGUUUGUCCCCAGAUACGCCUCCAGCCGCGUACGCUCACGCCGCCACCGCUUCCACUUCCGUUGCCAUUCCCUCCGCUACCACAGGUGUGCAAGGGGCCGUGGUGGUGCCGGUGGGUAUACCGUCGGCAACUAUCGCCGGUAAUAAAGACGGUAUCGUGCUGCGGGACACCGUGUCCCUGGACGAGUAUCAGAGAAAGCUGGAGGAGCUCACCAAGACCUGGCCGAGCGUGUUAUCCGCCGGCGCCCACUUCGCGACGGCCGGAGCGAUCUCCGCGCCUCAGCAGCUGCACGCUGGCUUCCCGACCACCGGUCUACCAGGUGCCAGCUUCGGCGGCCCGACCGGCGGUGCUAAUUGGCUCUCCAGUUUCGCUCAGUCCAAGCAGGGCUACGCCGUACGGGAGGAUCACGGGGACACCACGACCUAUGACUUCAGAACGAUGGGCGUACAAGGCGCACCGUAUCAGCAGCUAUCGUUGGCACCCCACGGGGGUGUAUCGGCGGGCUCGGGGUUUGUUCCGAGCGCCCACGGGUAGGCGAGGGAUACGCGCGGGAAUAUCAACGUCGCCCGAUUCGUGCGAGCACAAAGUUCUUUAUUGUAUUUAAGGAGUAUUUAUUUUUUUUAUUUACGUAACUGAUAAUUUAGAUCCACUGUCUUUUUUCGUGAAAGAGCCGGAAGGACCGGUCAAUUUCAUGCCGCGAGGUCUCUGAAUGCGAGCGCGUCGGACGUCAAUGAUUGGACGUUUUUAAAUAAAAUGUGAUUUUGAUCAAUUUAACUUCUCUUCUCGCAGACACAGCAACAUAACGUACGUUCGUAACGUGUUGCCACGAAUGUAUAAAUAUGAGGGGGAGGGGGUAUUUUCGUGUCGCGAAAUUUGACGCGUCGGAAUGUGAAUUGAAUAAAAUUACGUCCAGAUUCGAGGACAGGUACGGCCAAUCUUUUUCAAUUCGCGGGCCACGUUCGACAUUUUCAAACUUUUCGAUAGACCGAAACAGUCUUGAAAAUGUUAGAUUAAAAAAAGUUUUUUAUAAGAAAAAACACCAAAGCUGUUUUAAACAUUAGUGUUUUUUUUCUUUCUCCAAUUUUUCAUAUUUCAAAAUAUUGCGGGCCGCAUCCGGCUUGCGGGCCACAGGUUGGCUGUGCCCUAGAAAUUCUCAACUAUUUGUAUAUGUGCAGAUAUUCCGCAGUGUGCGCGGUAACGAUAUACAUAUAAAUACGUAACGUUUGAAACUUGGUAGGAUGUUUCUAAUUUAAAUCUUAUUUAGGAUCUCUUAUUGGUCUCUACGUCUUGAUGAGCUUGGAGCACUGUCAACAUUUACUUUCUCACGAGAACUUUACUAUUCACACGAAAAUCGACUGUUCAUAUGAGUUGUACGAAUUGUCCGAGAAAAAUUCCUGCCCUGAACAUUUUAUGGUGAAAAUAUUGUAGAAAUAUUUUACGCUUGUAUUACGUUUCUAUUUUUAAGAGAAGAGAAGAGAAGAGAAGAGAAGAGAGAGAGAGAGAGAGAGAGAGAGAUUGUUUUUUACUUAUCUGACAAUUGCAUGUACAAUUCUAAAUGAAAUCAAAUUUUUGAUAAAUCUCCUCUUUGUUUCAUAUGUUCAAAAGUAUCUAAGGUAGUGUUUUUGAAAUUAUAAGCAAAUAAAAGAUAGAAGAAAGUCCCCUGUUAUGAGGCAGGUCCCUAAUAUGAGGCAGCGGGGUUUCUGUUAAAUAAAUGGAGAAGGAAAGUCAACAAUUUUGAACACGGUCUGAUUAUUAUUAAUUUUAUUUUUUGUUACGUUACAUCUGACAAUUUUAUAUUUUCAUAUUAUAAUUAAAUCAUUUGUUGAUUCCAUUUAUGAAUUUAUCACCCUUCGGGCGAAAUCUGUUUAGUGGGAAAUUCAUUGUUAGAUUCUGCAAUCGUUGCGAAAAAAGAUUUGCGAUUGAAUUUGGGUGUUGAAAGCCUGUUAUCUCAUACUAGAAACUUUCCUCCGUGUAAUAAUACACGUAGAAUAACUUCGGGGCGAUAAUGUGAUGAUCUUAAUUAAAAUUGCGGAAAUAGUAGGUAAUGAAAAUGUCACAUCACAUUUUGUUAACUAUUCAAUCAUAUCAAUUCUAAAUCACUUUAUACACAGCCCAUAUAGCACGUCUUCUCGAGUUGUCCUUAGUAGCACAGUGCAUUAACCAAAUAUUGGGCAAACAUUGGCCCGAUGUUUGGUUGUAUUGGGCCAAUGUUCAGCCAAUGCACUAUGCUACGUGUGUCUAAGAGACGACUUAAAGACAUCUUAAAAAUGUCUUUUAGACACGCGUGCUGUUUGAGAUAUAUGUGCAGUUUAGUUGAAGGCAUUUUUUACAGGUUUUCUUGCCAUUUGAAAUCGGGACAUGUGAUACACGCGAUUUUAAGCGGCGAGAGACGCGUAAAAGGCACCUUCGACCCAACGUAACACACUUGGAUUUGCAGUGAUUGUUCAGUGAAUAAAUCAAGUAUAUUUCAGUAAUCAGCUUUAGGAAAAUGAAAGUUAAUAAUAGUAAUGAAAUGAAACGAUCGUAUCAAAUUAUUGAGCAUGACAGAGUGGUAUUAUGAAGUUACGGAAAUAUUCUCUUAACGUCCUAGCGAAUUUUACUUUCACUUUGUUUUAAUCAGGAUUAAUGUGUGAAUUUGUGUUUGCAAAAUAUUCGAUACCUUGAACAAGUCUCGUCGAGCUUGCCCGUCUCAUUAUAGAUUAUUUAUAUGUAUUGUUUUAUUCGUAAGAAAUUACUUAUAAGGAAAGUCAACAUUAACGUCUGUAUGAGCACCGUACGACAAUUUUCAACGCGGUCUGAAUAUUAUUAAUUUUACAUUUUGUCACGUUACAUCUUGCAAUUUUAUAUUUUCAAAUUAUAAUUAAACGUUAUAUGAUUUUCGAAUGCGAGAAAAGAGAUUGUAACGGUCGCUGGACAAACUUUCAGUCUCGAAAAACGGACACGGACUGUUGAAAAAUUGAAAAAAUUGCUUAACUGUCCUGUCGUAAGAAAUAAAAAUGAGAUAUUUUUUACAUAAUGUUUUUCAAUUAGGAUAGAGCAUGAAUAAUGAAUUUAAAUGAUUUUAAAUUGUACGUAUUGCUAUGUUACUUCAAUUUGUCAAAGAAUCUGUGACUGAAAGAUUGUACGCGAGAAAGAUAUGUCGUGAAGUGGAUGGCAUUGCGCAUCGCUACAAUUUCAAAUACCUAAGAUUUGUACGCAACAGUAUGACGUCAUUCCUGAGAUUGCAUAAAUGUAAUGAUACUAUUUUAGGGGCUCGUAAGGCAGGCUACUAUUAUUCUCACAAACAUUAAAGCAUUACGUGCAAAUUAUGAAUAUUUAGACGUAUAAUUGUAAAAUUAAUAAUCGAAUCUGAAGCUGUAAAUAUGAAAGAAUUAUGAGGGAAUGAUCAAUUUAUCGAUCAAACAUUUCGUCGCGACCGGAUCUCUCUAAUAUGUAAUUAGCAUGACAUAUUAGUUGAAGAAAUCUGUUUCAAUUGUUUCUACUAACCGAAUAAGUUUUCAGUUCAUCUGUCGUACACACGUUCGACUUCUCCCGUUAAUAUGUAAAGGACGAGGAAUAUCAUUCCGAAGUGUCGUUAUAAAAUGUAUAAUAUACCGUAUAUGUAUAUCUGACGAUUCUUUAAGUACGAAAUAUUACAUAUU